ACUCUCUUCUACAUGCUGCAAGAUGGAGAUGGCCAGAAGCAUAGUCUUCGACAGGAUUAGCUAUCCCCCUCCUAUUCUGGCAUUCUGCACAAUCACCCACUAUCUGUGAAGUGUGGCGAGAAAAAACAGUGGAAAUCACAUAGCGUUAUAAGUCCUUUAGCAAAGGAUUUUAUUCGUAACCUCACGGAGAACAACAUCAGGUUUGACCAGAUAUACAACAUAUUAGGGUCAGGUCUUGGCUCUUCUCUAGGCGUGCCUUUUAGGAAGCAGACAUUGAGAACUCUGUGUGCAACCAUAGCUCAUGAUUCCAUCACUGAUGAUAUGGCCAAAACCACUAGUAUACUUCAGGAUAUGAGUGCCACAGAUCCGGACUUCAAAGUUUGUGUGCAAGUAGACGGUGAAAGCAGGGUGAAAACAGUAAUAUGGUGUAAUGGUAAAAAUCGGCUGGAUUAUGCACAUUUCGGUGAUGUGGUUACUUUCGACACCACUUACAGGACCAACCUGUAUAACAUGCCAUUUGGGCUUUUUGUUGGUGUGAAUAACCAUUUCCAGUCUAUUAUUUUUGGCGGCGUCCUCAUGGUUGAUGAAAAGACUCCCACAUUUGAAUGGGCAUUCAGAAACUUUAUUGACUUGAUGGACGGGAAACAUCCUACUACUAUAUUGACAGAUCAAUGCAAAGCUAUGCAAAAUGCUUUACGAAGUACAAUGCCCCACACCCGUCAUAGGUGGUGCAGAUGGCAUGUGUUAAAGGUCUUGAAAGAGAAAACUGGACACGUGUACAACAAACAUUCUGCCUUCAAGAAGGAAUUCCACGCAAUAGUAAAUGAAGAGACGGAUGUAGAAUCAUUUGAGCGAAUGUGGCAUCAAUUGAUUAAAAAAUACAAACUUCAAGGAAACAAGUACCUUCGCAGGAUUUUCAAGUGGAGGGACAUGUGGGCAAUGCCAUACUUCUUGGGCACAUUCUGUGCCGGGAUGACCAGCACGCAACGGAGCGAGAGUGCGAAUCAUCUCCUCAAAAAGUUCAUCAGCAGAUCAUCCCCAAUGCACUUGUUUGUUAAGCAGUACAACAAAUUGCUUGAUUCCAGGAGCCAGGCAGAAGACGAGGCAAAUUAUGUCAGCAAGCAGACACGCAGGCGGCUUGUAAUUGGCGCUACUAUCGAGAUAGAUGCAGCGGCUGUGUACACGAAGGCCUUGUACGAAAAAUUUUCACACGAACUUUUUAGAUCAGGCUCAUUUGAUGCACGGCGUUCCAAGCCUGGACACGUCUACAAGGUCAAAUUGUCGCCGCAACUAGCCUUAACUGAUUAUGACAAAAAGGUAUUCACCGUCAAAGUGGAAGACGGUGGGGACUUUGUCACAUGUGAUUGUGGAUUUUUUGAUCAUGUCGGCCUGUUGUGCUGCCAUUCAUUAAAGGUAUUAGUACAGAACAAUAUUGGCAAGAUUCCACCAAGGAAUAUAGUCAAAAGAUGGACUUUAUGGGCAAGGGAAUCGAGACCACUGCACCUGGCAAACGAGGGUGAAAUGGGGGAGUUGUCUUCCCAAACUACGUAUAGAAGAAAUGUUCUAUAUGUGGCUGCUAUGGACCUUAUCAAGGAGGCAGAAUCCGGGUCUGAGUCAUUCCAAACGGCGUUCGCAGCUAUAUGUGAGGCAAAAGAAAAAAUUGCAAGCCACCUCGCGAGGCCUAACGCGUCGGCGCCACCGUGCGCCGCCGACCACCCGCGUCAGCCGCAACCAAUAGAGGGUAUAAGAAGCCUCGCGCGCUUCCGACGCCUGGCUUUAAUCCGGCUGCGCCGAGGGGACUGGGCGAAGAUGUCAAUAUCUGAAUCCUUCGCCUAG